AUGGCCGAAUCUGUGGGCCAUUGUGCCACCACUCAACUCUCUUUUCCGAAAAGCGCCGCGCAGUCGACGUCUUCUUUUUGGCAGGCCACGCCUCCGUUGGAGCCACUCCACCAGGCCUUGUUAUCUUUUUGUUUUCUCCUCGACUUCGAUUCUUCAGACUGGGUAAGGUCGACAGAAAGAAUUAACUGAGGACUUCAUAAAUUCUGGAAGUUUUUUGGAUGGGGAAUUAUGAACUCAAGUGGCAAACCUUGUUUCAUGAAAGUUGGAGCAAUGCCAAAAUAUUGGAAAUAGUGGCCAUAUUUGAGGCUACUCAUUAAGAAGAGACUAGUCAGAUUUGCUAAGCGACUUGAAAUCUUGCAUAAUUUGUCAACUUUUGAUAUUUUGAUUGAUUUAUAAAAGCCACCAAUCUACAGCUUUGAUCAUUUGAGGCAGAAAAUACAGCCAAAAGGACUACUAAAAGUAUUAAAUUUGCACCAAAAGUAGAUGUUCAAAGCCACAAUUUACAAAUCACUGUAGCGCUUGAAUGGCAAUCACUUCAAAGAACUGAAAACUUUCACAUGGUUUCCGAAAAAAAUAAAGCUUACACCUGUAAAUUAAUUAAAUUUUUUUUAGCAUUUCACACAUUCGAUUUUAAAAAACCUCAUUUGUUUUCUAUGCGGACCCCUUCAAAUAAUACAACUAAACUUCGCGGAUUGCUUUUCCAUUAAAAAAAGUAGCUGGAACUGGAAUUGAGACCCAAUUCUCAGUUGGCGCCUUUGGAUGGGGUCAAUCGAGAUUCAUCCUUCGCCUCUCACGCGAUCUACCCUCUCCCUAGUCUCUCUAAUCAUCUUCCGCUCUUCUCCAGCGGCGUCUCCAAAAAACAGCUGUAG